GUUUCAGUGAUUGUAUCAGUACUUUAUCUUUUACUAAUAUAAUGAUGGAUGGAUUCAAGGGGGUGAUAUCAGUAUCAUGCAAUCAGAACUACUAGAAGUAACUACCUUCACCUCAUUUUUCCUCCUGUUGGAUCACAUAAAUUGAAUAGGUCUUUUCCCAGAUACUGAUUCCACUGUCAAUGAAAACAAAUUGCUGAAUUAAAGCUUGUUUUUUCUCUCUUUUUGCUGCACUAAAACAAUAUGAGAAAUUACUCUGUUUUAGCUCCUGAACUUGAGUUUUCCCGGGAACUGUGUUUCCAGGGAGAUAGUUUAUUUUCAGGGUCAGAUAGUUUAAUCUGCAAAUCACUUUCUGCUGAUAAAACUGUUUUCAUUUUCCCAUCUCCUACUGUCCCUUCACCCAGCCCCUCGCUCAGCAAGUCUCCAGCCUGGUGAAUUUCAUGCAAUUGUUGUUUUAUUUAUUUUCUUUCCUGUAGCAAGUAGUAGGAAAAAACCCAGGUGAAUAAAAUAGUGAAUCUGGCUAAGCCUCAUGUACCCAAUUAACUGAAAAUGGUAAUUUCUGGUAGGGAAGUUCUUUUGGCUAAACACCUGACACAGGUGCAAGUAGAGGGAGGACAGAGUGAGAAAUGAGGAAUGCAACAGCUUCAAAAAACAAGAGAAAAGCCAUGCUGGGGUUAGAGGAGAUGUAGGAGUCCUUAUUUUGGUAUGCAGACUUGACUUGGCUGUGAUUUUAAUGAAGCAAAGUCCUGAGCAGCAGAAUCAGUGCAUGCCCUUCCCUCCUGGUUUGGCAUUUGUUUCUGCCCAGGCUCUUCUUCACAGUUCACCUGGCACAACUGUUUGGUCACUUGGUAAAACAGCUUGAGGAACUGAGCUGGCUUUUUAAAAAGCUGAAACAACAAAAUCUCUGCUAUUUUUAUCCUUGCAAAUCCAAACUUCCCAAAGUGCUCUGAACAUCCAUUGUAGAGAAUGCAAAGCUGCAGUCAUCCUGGUCACUUCUUGCUCUUCAUUACAGGCAUGAUAUUGGUAGUCCAUUUCUAAAUUAAAUCAAAAUCUCCUAUUUUAAAAAAUUUAUCUUAUUUUCUCAUGGAGGCCUCAAACGUUUGAGGUUUGUCUUGCAAAAGUGUCUGUGCAUUGCAAGUGCUAUUGCACACUGCUGACAUGGCAAACUCUAAACACAGAGCAUCUGAAAGGAAUUUAAACCUCUGGACACCACAGCAUCUCCACCUUCAGCAUAAGUUCCCUGCUCACCCCAAGGGGGUUGCAGAUAGAGAGCUUGAGUCCAGAAAGCAUGCUAAAAUCAGCACUGCAGCCAGCUCUGGACAAAGGAAGCUCAAGACUCAACAUGCUUGAGGGAAGGUGGUCAAAACGAGUCUGACACUGGUCCAGUCAAGGGGAACCUGCCUGGGGUUGUGAUCUCACUGUUGGACUGUUCUCUUGAGAGCUUAACAUGGAUUUUUAUAUCCAUUGCACCUAAGCAUGUCCUCCUCUGUUGUCUUUGCAUGGCAUUUUCAUGGCUGGACCAGCAACCAGGUCUGCAGGAAGGUGUCCCUAAACACGGCAGAGGGGCUGGAGCCAGAGGAUCUUCAAGGGCCCUUCCAACACACAUCAUUCUGUCAUUCUAUGGUUCUGUAAUUUAUGCCUUUCAUUUUAGGGUGCAUUGCAAAGCAAAUGAGUUGCUAAGAGCCCAGAUCUUUGGCAUAUUAUUUCAACCAUGGGAAAAUUGCAUUGCAACUGUUCAGGCUUCUGGCUCUGGGAGAAAGCAAUGGGAAAACCUGUGUAAACGUGGGUUUUCCAGCAGCAGUACUUAGCAGAAGGAAGGGAGGAAACCAGCAAUUAGACAGGUCCUUCUGCCCUAGAGGGCAGCACAAAGUAAUAAAUACAAGCCAGAACUCACAAACCAUCUGAAAUCAUCUUCUGCAUGACAAAAGUAUGUCUGUCAGGAUGGUGUCCUGUUGUGGCUAAUAUCCUCAGCUUAACUGGUUGGAUCUAAACAGAAACCAUUUCCAUUUGAGAGCUCUUUCUACAUGACACCAGACACACUGCCCAGCAUGAGAAUCUGGACUUCAUUGGGUGGCCUGGAUAUCAGCUCGGCAGCAUCUGGAACCACACAAAUCUAUUAAAAGCCUUGCAUCUUCCUUUGGCCACCAGGCUCAAAGGAAUGCAGAGCUAACACAGGUAGGUCACAAGUGCAGUAGGCUCAGAGUGGGUUAAUUUAUUGUACUGCUUGUGUCCCUCUCCUUAUUAGAUGAUCAUCUGCCAGCUUUCAUAUGUGUUGACUCUGUGUUCCAUUUGAAAUCUAACCAUAAUUACUUUUGCCUUCAGAACCAUGAAACUGAACAUCAUCUUCUUGCUGGCAGUGGUGAACACAGGAACCUUUAGCUAUCAUCCCACAGAGGGGACACCCUGUGAAAUGGCAAAUUCACAGGCAUUUUGCCACAACAAAGACCUCCACCAAAUCCCUCACGAGCUCCAUCUGAAUGUAAACAAAAUAGAUCUGUCUGGAAACCUGAUUCAAAGCAUCCCUGAAAUACCAUUAUCAUUCUACACUUCCCUCCAGUAUCUGGAUUUAAGCUUCAACCAGAUAAGCUUCAUCACGUCUGGAGUGUUUGCACACAUGACGAGUUUGCUGGAAAUAAAUUUAGCCAAUAAUCAUUUACAUAAGCUUGCUCAGAAUGGGACAGAGGGGAUUGGACUUUUGCCCAAGGUGGAAAUAAUGGACUUGUCCCACAACAAUCUCUACAGUGGGAUGGCUGAAUAUUUCAUUAAUCAAGCUCCAGCACUGCAGUAUCUUUCCUUGGCAGAUAACAGUAUUGUAAGGAUAUCACACAAGAUGUUUCAGGGAUCUCCCAGUCUUGUGGAGAUAGAUCUUCAGAGAAAUAUCAUCAUGGAAAUAGAAGAAGGUGCUUUCGAGACUCUAGCGAACCUUUCCAAACUCAAUCUCUCCACAAAUUCAAUUACUUGCAUCUCUGAUUUCAACCUCAGGCAGUUGGAGGUUCUUGACCUUAGCAGGAAUAGCAUUGAGACCUUCAGCAUCACAAAGUCAAAUGAUGAAUAUAAUUUAAGAUGUCUGGACCUUAGUGAAAACAAAUUGCUUCACUUCCCAGUCUUCCCUCAGGUAAAUAAACUGGUAACUCUGAAUUUAUCAAAUAAUUUAAUCAAGCUCACUGCUGAAUCCCCUUAUAAUAAAAUGGACUACAUGGAUAAUGAAUGGUUAGAUGCUUCUUUUCAUCUUCUUGAUCAGAAGCGAAGUAAAAAUACAAGUUCUCUUUAUUUAUCCCAACUUGUAUAUUUAGACUUAAGUUAUAAUAAAAUAAAAUCCAUUCCAGAUGGGUUCUUUAAGUCAAUGAUGUCCCUUCACACCCUUAAUCUCAGCAGAAACUGUCUUCAGGCAUUUACAGUAGGUUAUGAUAGUGCAUUGCUCUCCCUAACUGUCCUUGACUUGAGCUACAAUGCUUUGCAGAACAUUCUCCUCGAUGCUGGUGCUUUGCCAAAUUUGAGGGAGUUUCAUGUUCAAAACAACAACCUUCAGACCCUGCAGUUUGACAUCUUUUCCAGUCUUCCUAGCCUCAGACUUCUUAACCUACAGAGCAAUAACAUCAGCCUUUGCCACAUGUACUCAGGAUUAGCUGAGCAAAGACUUGCUGGAGAGGACAGUGGUUGUGUGUCGUUUGUCAGUUCUCCUGCUCUCCAGCACCUGUACCUAGCUGACAACAUGCUGAGCAUCCUACCAGCACACACCUUCCACAAGACUCGACUGCUUGUCUUGGACCUCUCCAUGAACCCUGGACUGAAAAUAGAACUUAAAGCACUAGCAGGACUGGAAAAGUCUCUGGAAUACUUGCAUUUACAUGGCAAUAGUCUGAUAGAUUUAAAUAUUGACUUGCCUUGUUUUAGUCACCUUAAACAUUUAAACCUCUCUGAAAAUCAGCUGAACUGGCUGCCUAAGUGGGGUAGUGACUCUUCACUGGAAGUUCUGGACCUACGGAACAAUAGGUUCAGUACAUUAGAGGACAGCAACAUUUUAGCAUUAGAAAAUUCACUUAAAAACUUGUAUCUCUCUGGGAACCCACUCAACUGCUGUGGAAACAUCUGGCUUUCAUCAAUGAUCCAGAACAAAAAUGUCCAGAUCCCCAACGUGGAGCACUUAACGUGCCAGUACAUUCGGAGCUUCGGGUAUUGGGAAGAAAUGCACAUCGAGGACAUUAGACCAGAAGACUGUGAAAAAGAUGAUCUGAAGAAAAUCAACAUCCUCAUUAUAUUAACAUCUGUACUAGUUUUAUCUGUCAUCAUCAUUGGUGUGGGUUCAUUUUUUUGCUUCCGAAGGCAAAACUUUAGCCACCAGUUUAAAGCAUAGGAACACAAAACACCCUGAAAACUGAAGAAAUCAGGUGCUACCCUGACACUGUGGAAAUGAAGGAUAUAAUUUUCAUCUUUGAGUUUUAACUGUGGAUUUUAUGAUGGUUUUGAAGUGUCCCUGAACUGCCCCACUGUACUGUUCUGGGUUGCAGGAAGGAGGAUUUGCUCUGUUUUGCAUUUGCUUCAUUCACAUGCAGAUCUGCUUAAAAGAUUACACAGUGUUAGAAGAGGCCUCUGUAAAGUUCUGCUAUUGCUUUGAGGGAUGUGUAAUUUAAACCAGCUCAAAAGAAAAAAGGCCUGUAAGGUCUUGAGAUCUGAGACUUUUCACUAAGCUCAGAUGAUGCCAUCAGCCAAUUAGGAAAUCCCUUCUCAAAGUUACGUGCCUCCACAAGAUGUUUCAGUUUGGUGUGAGCUUUGCUUUUACCUAGCUGGUUAGCUCCUAACCCUUCUUAAACUGAAAUCAUACAAUGAUGGGCCAGAGGGGUCAAAACACCAUCUUCACUCAGUGAAGUUGGUUGCAAAUUCCCCUCAAGUUCCAAAACAAUGAGAAUUUAGCUAAAACCAAACCAAACCCAAAUGGAAAUUAUAAGUAGUGUCCAUUGUGCUCCUGCCUACCAUUUAGACAGCUCACAAUGGAAACCAAAGACCGUGUGGUAGGAACCUCUUUGGAUGUCUCACUUUUUUUGUUAGGAUAUUGCUCCAGUCAUAGGGGCAAGACAUGAGAGGUAGAUGAGGUCAAUUAGUUCUGGCACUUAGUAUCCACAAGGGAUGUAAAAGGAAUCUCAAGCAUGAAGCAACUGCUGAUACGUUACCCAGAUCUGCUCAGAAGGCCACAGGUUCACAGUUUAACUAAAAGAGAAGAAAUUUGUCUCUCAUGUGCAAUACAUAUUUAACUGGGCAUAAUGUGAAGAAAUUAAUCUCUGGGGUGAAUACUUUGCAAAAGAAAAAUCUUGGAGAAUGAAUUUCAACCAGCUAGAAUUGGACUGAAAUGCUUACAUUUUUAAGGAAAACUGUGGGAAAUUCACAACAUACAGUUGCAUUUCAAUAUAGAAUAAUAAUAUAUUUAUUUUUUAAAGGUCAUGGAAGGUUAGACUGCAAAAACAUACCAUUGUGAAAUGAUAGACAGGGAACCUAGUCCUGUGCCAUUAUUCAGAUCAGAUGUUCACUGUAUCACCCUAAAAAGUCUAGAGGAUGGGCUGUAAGAAAAGUUAUGUAGAUCCUCAUUCUGUGAUGGGUUUGACACAGCUUACAUGCUACAUUGCUAAAAGUCAACACAGACUUUAUUUUGUAUUUUGUUCUGUACCCUGACAGAAAAUUCACCCUUUUGAAGUGAAGAAAAGCUCACCAACAGUGGGAGCUUGACCUGCUAAUGGGGUGCAAUGUCUUCAAAAGUAACUACAUCAGGUCUUCUGUUAAUGCCACGAACUGUACAUUAAGGUAUAUAACAGAAAUAGAGGUCAAAGCAAAACCUGUCCAGGUAAAUAACUCAGAGUCAAAUUGCUGCUUCACUUCUGUUUCUUCAAGCUAGUGAAUAUAAAAAUUAACACACUACAAAAAGGUGUAUAAUUCUAUUUUUAAAGCAGCUAUGUAAGAAACGGGCUGGUGGAUUUCACUGUGGAAUUUUGUAUAAUAAAAACAUAUUUGAAUUUUGUAAAAA